UGAGGGGCUCCAGCCCUGGAACUUCAAUGGCUCCACAUUCAGUGCGUGCAGCAAUGCCAGUCUGUCCAACUGUACUACCUUUGGAAGCAAUGACUCCAUUUCCCAGGGAGAGGAGGCAGGAAGCCAGUACAGGACAAUGGAGAUGGUCUUCAUUGCCCUUGUGACUGGGUCCCUUAGUUUUGUCACCGUGGUGGGCAACAUCCUGGUGAUGCUCUCUAUAAAAGUCAAUCGACACCUUCAAACAGUCAACAACUAUUUCCUGUUCAGUCUGGCAUGUGCCGACCUCAUCAUUGGGGUCUUCUCCAUGAACCUCUAUACUGUUUACAUCAUAAAGGGCUACUGGCCUCUGGGACCUGUUGUGUGCGAUCUGUGGCUGGCCCUGGAUUAUGUGGUCAGCAAUGCAUCUGUCAUGAACCUGCUGAUUAUCAGCUUUGACCGGUACUUCUGUGUGACCAAGCCCCUGACCUACCCGGCUAGACGAACAACCAAGAUGGCGGGCCUUAUGAUCGCGGCAGCUUGGAUCCUUUCCUUCAUCCUCUGGGCUCCAGCCAUCUUGUUCUGGCAGUUCAUUGUUGGGGAACGCACAGUCCCGGAAAAGGAGUGCUACAUCCAGUUUCUCUCCAACCCCGUGGUCACGUUUGGCACAGCCAUUGCUGCAUUCUACCUGCCUGUUGUUAUCAUGACCAUACUGUACAUCCACAUCUCCUUGGCCAGCCGUAGCCGUGUCAGAAAGCAAAAGCCUGAGGCCAAGAAGGAGAAAGCCCUCAAGUCUGCUGGUCUGCUCAAGAGUCACAUCCUAAAACAGAACAACAACAACUCCUCCAAACCCUGCAUGGAAUCUAACAGUGACACAGCCAAGAAUGGCAAGCUGGAGGAGUCGGUCUCGACUAAAGCUGAUUCCAGCGUUCCCCCGGAGGAAAAGGAGAGUUCAAAUGAUUCCAGCACAGCCAUCAUAACCCCCAAAGAAACCAAGGAUCAAGGCAGUGGCCUGGCCGUGUCUGAGGCCCCUGCCACCAACCCCCUACCCAGAUCAAACCCCAACUCUAAGUGGUCAAAGAUUAAAAUCAUCACCAAACAAUCAGGGGACGAGUGCAUCACUGCCAUUGAGAUUGUCCCUUCAACCAGUGGCCAGAACAGAUCCAUCCCCCUCAAUCGGCCCAGGACUGUGGUUCGAAAAUUUGCAAGCAUUGCCAGGAGCCAAAUGAGGAGAAAGCGACAAAUGGCAGCAAGGGAAAAAAAGGUGACCAAGACCAUCUUUGCCAUCCUCCUGGCCUUCAUCAUUACAUGGACGCCAUAUAAUGUCAUGGUACUCAUCAGCACCUUCUGCCAAUCUUGUGUCCCGGACACAGUGUGGGCCAUAGGGUACUGGCUGUGCUAUGUCAACAGUACCAUAAACCCUGCGUGUUAUGCACUCUGCAACGUGACCUUCAAGAAGACCUUCAAAAACCUUCUCAUGUGUCAGUACAAAAACAUUGGCACCAGAUAGGCUGGAGCAGAUAAUAUUGUCCAACAUACCGCAAUGCUGAGGGAUGCUUGUGGAUUUAAGGCAAUGUGAUGGAGCCAAAUCCUGACCGGCACCCUGAGAUCCUUUCAUUCACAGUACAGAAGCCAGGAUCCAGACGA